CUCUGGCAGCGGACCCGGCACUUCCAACAUUAUUAAAUAAUAAGAAAGAGGCUCCUACUCCAUGCCCAAACCUCCCUGCAGACCAAUGGACACCUUCUAAGAGUUUGGCGAGUCGGUGACUGAGGCGCCCGUCCAUUCCAAGAUAAAUGAAGAUUUACCAAUCCCUGGAUACAGUGCUUAGAAAGUCUUUAAAUGCCAUAAUCAACUGCCAUUUCAAAGAAAAGAAAAUAGAUGGUUUUGGAAAGUUCAUGCUGUUUCUUCAUUGAAUUUUAGAAUGAUUGAAGAUAGUGGGAAAAGAGGAAAUACCAUGGCAGAAAGAAGACAGCUGUUUGCAGAGAUGAGGGCUCAAGAUCUGGAUCGUAUCCGACUCUCCACCUACAGAACAGCAUGCAAGCUUAGGUUCGUUCAGAAGAAAUGCAACUUGCACCUGGUGGACAUUUGGAACGUCAUAGAAGCAUUGCGGGAAAAUGCUCUGAACAACCUGGACCCUAACAUAGAACUCAGUGUGGCCCGCUUGGAGGCUGUGCUUUCCACCAUUUUCUACCAGCUCAACAAACGGAUGCCAACCACUCACCAGAUCCAGGUGGAGCAGUCCAUCAGCCUCCUGCUUAACUUCCUGCUGGCGGCCUUUGAUCCGGAAGGCCAUGGUAAAAUUUCAGUAUUUGCUGUCAAAAUGGCUUUAGCCACGUUGUGUGGAGGGAAGAUCAUGGACAAAUUAAGAUAUAUUUUCUCAAUGAUUUCUGACUCCAGUGGUGUGAUGGUUUAUGGACGAUAUGAUCAGUUCCUGAGGGAAGUUCUCAAACUACCCACGGCGGUUUUUGAAGGUCCUUCAUUUGGUUACACAGAACAGUCAGCUAGAUCCUGUUUCUCUCAACAGAAAAAAGUCACCUUAAACAGUUUCUUGGACACGCUCAUGUCUGACCCUCCCCCGCAGUGUCUGGUCUGGCUGCCCCUUCUGCAUCGACUGGCAAAUGUAGAAAAUGUCUUCCAUCCAGUUGAAUGUUCUUACUGCCACAGUGAGAGUAUGAUGGGAUUCCGCUACCGAUGCCAACAGUGUCACAAUUACCAGCUCUGUCAGGACUGCUUCUGGAGGGGACAUGCCGGUGGUUCCCAUAGCAACCAGCACCAAAUGAAAGAGUACACAUCAUGGAAAUCACCUGCUAAGAAGCUAACUAAUGCAUUAAGCAAGUCUCUGAGCUGUGCUUCCAGCCGUGAACCCUUACACCCCAUGUUCCCUGACCAGCCCGAGAAGCCACUCAACUUGGCCCACAUCGUUGAUACUUGGCCGCCCAGACCUGUAACCAGCAUGAAUGACACCCUCUUCUCCCACUCUGUCCCCUCCUCAGGAAGUCCUUUUAUUACCAGGAGGUCACCUGAGGGGAUGAGUGCAUCCAGCCCUGUGGCUGAAGAGCAUUCGCUCAUAAAGCUGUAUGUAAAUCAGCUUGAUCACGGCGCACGCUCUCCUCCCAAGGACAGUGAAGUAGAGCAGAACAAACUGCUGGCUAGGGCUGCUCCAGCUUUUCUGAAGGGCAAAGGGAUACAGUACAGCCUGAAUGUGGCAGACAGGCUAGCUGAUGAACAUGUUCUCAUCGGGUUGUAUGUCAACAGGCUCCGGAACAACCCACCAUGUAUGCUUGAGAGUUCAAACCGGCUUGACGAAGAACACAGGCUGAUCGCCAGGUAUGCGGCAAGACUGGCGGCCGAGUCCACUUCGUCUCAGCCGACACAGCAGAGAAGCGCUCCUGACAUCUCCUUCACCAUUGAUGCGAAUAAGCAACAGAGGCAGCUGAUCGCAGAGCUAGAAAACAAGAACAGAGAAAUCUUACAGGAGAUCCAGAGGCUGCGGCUAGAGCAUGAACAAGCUUCUCAGCCCACUCCAGAAAAGGCACAACAAAACCCCACUCUGCUGGCAGAACUCCGGCUUCUCAGACAGCGCAAGGACGAGCUGGAACAGAGAAUGUCUGCUCUCCAGGAGAGCCGGAGAGAGCUAAUGGUCCAGUUAGAAGGUCUCAUGAAGCUACUAAAGACCCAGGGGGCAGGCUCUCCUCGCUCCUCCCCCAGCCACACCAUCAGCAGGCCCAUCCCCAUGCCCGUGCGGUCCGUGUCUGCCUGCUCCAGCCCAUCCCACACGCCUCAGGACUCCCUCACGGGGGUCGGGGGUGAUGUUCAGGAGGCGUUUGCACAAAGUUCAAGAAGAAACUUGAGGAAUGACUUACUAGUAGCAGCCGAUUCCAUCACUAACACCAUGUCCUCUCUUGUGAAAGAGCUGAAUUCCGAGGUGGGGAGUGAAACUGAGAGUAACGUGGACUCUGAAUUUGCACGGACUCAGUUUGAGGAACUGGUUCCAUCGCCAACCUCUGAAAAGGCUUUUCUAGCGCAAAUCCACGCCCGGAAACCUGGGUACCUCCAUGGUGGCGCUACCCCCAGCACCAUGCAUAGUGACGUGGUCACAGAAGAUGGGGACCCCUACGUGCAGCCAGAGGAUGAAGACUAUGAAAAUGACUCUGUCCGGCAGCUGGAGAACGAGCUCAAGAUGGAGGAGUACCUGAAGCAGAAGCUGCAGGAUGAAGCCUACCAGGCAAGCUAUAGUCAGACAGAUGAUGAAGGUAACAGGAAAGCUGGUGGUGAAGGAGAGCCCCGCACCCACCCACACAGAGGAGAAGACACCGCCUGGCAGCAGCCUCCGCGGAGAGAGGAGCUCCUGACAGAUCCCCACCCCCAGAGAUGAGUUCUGCCGACUAUAGUGCAGCUAACUUUUCAUUCUAAGAUUUGUAGUUCGUAGGUGUGUGUUUUGAGAAGGAAAAAAAUAAAAGACUUCUGACUUCUGUUCAAAGCUAACUUUCCAACUCCAUCUUCUGUAACAUGGUUCGUCCCUGGUUAAAAACAAAAAAACUACAGCCACACACACACACACACAUACACACACACACACACACAACAAUACAUCCCACAGGCUGAAAACCCACGCUGCUGUUACUCACGAUGGCAGUAUUAACAAGCAUUUUCAACCUUUGCACAUGAUAUUGAACCUGUUCAGUUUACAAUGACAAUAUUAAUACUGUUUAUAGCUAGAAGCUUGAUUUCUGAAUUCUUUGAGAUUUUAGUGAAACAGUUUAUUAUACGCUGUACAUUUUUUUUUCCCACAGCAAUUGGAAAAAAACAACCACUUGCAAUUAUUCACUAACCCCGAAGGAUUUGGUACCUGAGUGUACAGACUCAGAGCCUGGAAGCCAAGAAGGGUCCUUGGCCUGCACCAUCUGCAUUUGUCUCUAAGUCUCUGUGAGCAGUGACUUGAACCAAUCACACCAGGAUAAUCCAGUCUUCGGGGCUUCUUUCCAACUUGGGGUUGUUUUCUUUCAAGAUACUCUAACAAAUCAGCCAUAGAAUUUAGUGUAAAUAUUUUUUUUUUCCAAAUAGAUAUCAUAUUCAAAAAAAGGCAACAUUCAAAUUAUAUAGAAUCUAGUUUUUAAAAUCAGCACAGAUCUUCUUAAAAACUGUGAACUAAGUUUUGAAAUACUCGUUACUAAAGCUGUUUAUAAACCACAGGUGCCAUAAGAUCCCCAAACAGACUAAAGUUAUCUCUGCUCUUCCAUGGGCUCGUUCCUCUUGUUUUAGCUUUAGGGAGCAUGUCUAACGCACCGCUCAUCCGCAGGUUCCCCUAUCAGGUCGUUUGGAGCCCUUCAGCUUUAAAUGUACAGGCUUAAAGUGCGCUUGCAAAUGCUCACUCUCCUUUUAUUUCUGAAUGUUUAUUGCCUUCACUGGCUUACCUGGUGUUCUGCAUGCAGCCUUCUGUGGUCAUGUGCGAGGAAACAGGCUCUUCUAAGCCGAGUUGGGAUUUUGCACUCAGUGAAAAGCCGAUGUGCAAAAGAACUGUCGAAGAAGGAAGAACGAAAGCCUCUGUUGAUGGUCCUUUAUGAGGGCCCUCAUUGGCGAGAGCUAAAGACCUCCCUUAGGGAUUCUGGGGAAAUGAAAAAAUAAUCUACUUGUUUCAAGAUUUGAUGAGACAAAAAUCCUGCGACAUAUUGAAUACGUUAAUACUUAAGUUGGCAACUUCUCUGGAAUUCCUGUCUCCUUUCAAAGAAAGAAGAGAACAUCAGUUUAGAACAGUGGCUCUCAAAGUGUGUUCCCUGGACCAGCAGCAUCAGCAUCACUUGGGAAUCUGUUUAGAAAUGCGAAUUCUUAAACCCCAGCCCAGGCCUGCUGAAUCACAAACACUGCAUAUUGGGCCCAACCAGAGGUGCAUUAAUCAGCCCUCCAGGUGAUUCCUGAUGCAUGCUAAAGGUUGAGAACCACUGCUUUAGUGUAAAGUUGCUUAACGAAAUCUCUAAAAAGGCCUUAUUUCAGAAUAAGCAAGAACAGCUCUGAGUCAACCUCAGAGCUUCAGCAAUUCGAUUUUGCUUCCAGGGCUGGUGAAAACCUUCUCCCCCAGCCCAGGUAGUCGGUAGUUGGUGUGUGCCCAGCUGAGAACAGACAUCAGGACGCCUUCCAGGUCCCUCUCCAGAGGGCUCUCGGAUGUUCACGUCCCUGUGUUCAGUCGAAAACCAUCUCCUUGGCUACCUUUGGAACAAAAUCACUUGCCUUGGGGAUAGUAAAGCUCUCUCAGUUGGCAUUACUAAGAAGCCCAUUCUGUCCAUUGAUGUACUUCAUCAGACUUUCCCCAGAGAACCAGCCUGACAAAUGUCCCUGAAAACCAGCUGACACCAAAGUGGCGCAACUGCAUGGUUGUCAGAUCUCAUUGCACAGAUGGGUUUUAUUUUGAGUUUUUUUGGUUUUUCUUAAUGUUCAUCUCCUUUCUGCGGCCCGUCCUCUGUGAAACCAGACAUCUCCAGAUGGAGCAGGUGGCUCCUCGUAUCUCAUACUCGGUACUUAAAACCACUACAUCCCAGCUACCUACAUUGCUGUCAGCUCUCAAUCAUAGCCAGGUAGUUCUUGAACUUGGAAUUCUGAUCCUGCGAGUGGCAUUCAGCCACCAACUGGACCGAGCUGACCUCUGUUAUCACUUUGUGUUUCUCCAUCAAAAUGUGUCUAAGGUAUGAACUGUUUGGCUGAUAGCCUUCCCCCUUGUCAUAGCUUUCAUUGCCAACUCCAUCACACGGUUGUCGAUAGCAUCGUACAAAGCCAUUGCAAGGACUCUGGAACCUGCCACCAAUGACCAGUUCCUGACUAACCAGCCACCUUUUCUUUCUCUUAGCUCCACGUCAGCACUGAGACCAGACUCAAGCACCCCUGUCCUGUAACCGAGACAAAAUGGCGUGUAUUG